AUGCAUUAUAGCUAUUCAGCAAUGAACACUCAUGACCACAAUCGCUGCUGUGGGGGCAGAGCUUGGUGUGUCAAGGACAUAUGCGGCAUUGUAUGCGCUGUUCUUACUUGGCUUUUGAUACUUUUUGCCGAGUUCGUAGUGAUGCGUCUGAUUCUAAUGCCCAGUCCCCACACGGUUUUUAGCGUAAUCAAUACAUUUAUUUUUCAAGCGCUGGCAUUUCUAGCAUUCGCCUCACAUUUACGGACGAUGCUGUCAGACCCUGGCGCCGUGCCUCGAGGUAAUGCCACAAAGGAAAUGAUCGAACAAAUGGGAUACCGUGACGGGGAAAUGUUUUACAAAUGCCCCAAAUGUUGCAGCAUUAAGCCGGACCGCGCGCAUCACUGCUCCGUGUGCCAGCGAUGCAUACGCAAGAUGGACCAUCACUGUCCCUGGGUGAACAAUUGCGUUGGGGAAAACAAUCAAAAAUUUUUUGUACUCUUUACAUUCUAUAUAGCGGCUAUAUCUUUGCACGCUCUCUUUCUUGUACUUAAGCAGUUUGCCGAGUGCGUAGAGAAUGACUGGCACACCUGCUCGCCAUACUCACCGCCGGCAACAAUAUUUUUGCUGCUUUUCCUCACCUUCGAGGCAUUGAUGUUUGCAAUCUUUACCAUCAUAAUGUUGGCCACACAAUUGACGGCCAUACUAAACGAUCAAACGGGCAUUGAGCAAUUAAAGAAAGAGGAAGCGCGGUGGGCCAAAAAGUCUCGCCUUAAGAGCAUACAAUCAGUAUUUGGACGCUUCUCUCUAGCAUGGUUCUCUCCAUUUACGGAUCCGUCCUAUCGCACCAAAUUCAACUCUCAUUUCUAUUCGGUCUGAGCCAAGUGCGUCUUUAUCCUUAUUCGAUUAUCGCGAUAAGUUAAUUAAGCUUAAACGAACAAUGUGUACGUACAAAAGCAACAUUUGGGAUUCGUAGCCUAAUCAAAUCUGUGUGUGUGUCUUGUUAAUUUAAGUAGGGUCUUAAUAACAAUUGUAUGGUGUUUGCCAAGCGAGCUUCGGGAGGCUACGGUGGCACCCUUUACAGUUUAUGCAACUUUGAAUAUGUAUUCAUUUAUUUAAUCGAUGAAACAAGAAAAGUUUAACAUAUUCAUAUACUAUAUAUUUUGCUAAAAUUUUCACAAAUUAAAAUAAAUAUUUCAAAAAACAUGCGCAA